AUUGGCUGGGCGUGCCGGGGCACCGUGCUGAUUGGCCAAUCAGCCGGCGCUGAUUGGCCGCUGGGCGCGGAGGCGCGACGCGGGGCGAGGAUGGCGGCGCCGGUGCGGCGGAGCGUGGUGUUCGUGACGGGCAACGCCAAAAAGCUGGAAGAGGUCACCCAGAUCCUCGGGGACUCCUUUCCAUACACGUUGGUGGCGAAGAAGAUUGACCUGCCGGAGUACCAGGGAGAGCCAGACGAGAUCUCCGUGCAGAAGUGCCGCGAAGCCGCCCGGCAGUGUUCUGGCAGUCCUGCUGUUGCUCCUUUGGCCUCAUGUGUCCCUCGAGCGGCAGCAGGACAUGACAGUUCCUUCAGCCCAGCUCUAGCAGCAGCAGGACACAGUUUUCUGUCAGCUGGAGCUUCUGAUGGAUCAGCUUCCAGAGCUGUCUCUGUGAAUUCCUGGCCCCCAGGAGGACAGGGGAUGUUCAGCUCUGCUCUCUUUUUUCCAUGCGAGAUCUUUCCUACUGUUCUUCAGCCGCUCUGGCCUGCCUCGGGAGAGCAUGAGUUUGAUUCUGUCUAUCUGGUGUGUAUUGCCUUUGAGGUUCAGGGACCUGUUAUAGUAGAGGAUACCUGCUUGUGCUUCAAUGCCCUGGGGGGGCUUCCAGGACCCUACAUAAAAUGGUUCCUGGAAAAACUCAAACCAGAAGGCCUGUACAAGCUGCUGGCUGGGUUUGAAGACAAAUCUGCCUACGCUCUCUGCACCUUCGCAUUCAGCACUGGAAACCCAGAGGAGCCCGUGAAGCUGUUCAAAGGCCAGACUCACGGGCUGAUAGUGGAGCCCAGAGGCCCUCGAGAUUUUGGCUGGGAUCCCUGCUUUCAACCGGAUGGCUACAACCAGACCUACGCCGAACUGCCCAAGGCAGUGAAGAACUCCAUCUCGCACCGUUACAGAGCGCUGAGCGAGCUCUCUGCCUUCUUUCAUCAGAGCAACUCGACAGAGCCCCGCUCAGGCCCCAGCUAGCCUCCACAGUUGCCCCGUGGCUCUCCGUGUCACACACAGCCCUGGGAGAGCUCCGCUCGGCUGCGGGCUGCCAUUAAAGCUGCUCCUUUUGGAGCCACUGGUACCUUUU